AUGCCUGAAGCUGGCUGCAAAAAUCUAAAACGACUCUUUCCUUUUCCUGAGGAGCCAGCUACCGAAGAAGAACUCCAAUUUCCACUUGCUUAUGGCAUUCUCGUAUAUAAAUCUCCACUCCAAGUGUUCUUACUAAUGAGCGCUAUAUAUCAGCCACAAAAUGCUUAUUGCCUUGCUGUUGAUGAUCGGGUCCUUUAUUUUUAUUUUUUUAUUAAAAAUAAAUUUAAGGCUGACGAACAAUUUAAAAAACAAAUGAAUCUUUUGAUGGAUUGUUUUCCAAAUAUAUUUGUUAUGACGGUUAACAAAGUUGAAUGGUGCGAAUUUGGGGUUGUUCGUGGUGUUUUUAAUUGUUUACGCUAUCUGAGCGAGCUUGAUCAUAGAUGGCGUUAUUAUCAGAUGGUUAGAAUAUUCAAAAGACUGAAUGGCACAAUAAAUGCUGAAAUAUUACCCUUUGAAACUUCUCGAAUUGUAGGGUCACAAGUGUUUAUGAAAUCUCCAUUAACACUUUGGAAGUCAAGUUUAUCAGCUUUAAUGAGCCGGGAAACUGUAAACGCAAUAAUAAGCAGCAACAAAGUGCGACAACAACUUAAUUAUCUUAAAUUCGGUUAUUGCUCCGAUGAAGCUUUAUGGGGUACUAUCGCUGGAAAUCCAAAAGAGUUAUACAUUCCUGGUGGAUUUGAUGCCAAUUAUCUUUAUGGGAGACUUUUUAAAGAGACUUAUCUAUCUGAUAUUAAGAAAAAACAAAUACAACGGCAAAAAGAACAACAAAAAGAACGAGAAGAAGAUAAACGACAGAAAAAUACUUCACAAUCCUCUCUACUUCCUAAAUACAAUGCAGCAGAACCUUUUAAUCUUUCUACAUACUAUAUAUCAAGAUUUCAAGUUUGGAGGGAUGUGAAUCAAAUGUCAGGCUCUAAAGAAAGCAGAUGCGACGCAUAUUUCUGUCUUUGGAAGCAAAUUCACGAAAGGGCUUUAGAUUGGCAAACGCAGCAGAGAUUUGUAGGAUCGGUCUAUUCAGAACUACCCUUAGUAAAAAUGGCUAGAGGAGCACCUGAAGAUGAACUAAAGUUUUACUUUGAUUAG